GGGUCCAGUCUGGAUAAUCAUCAUACGAAAUGUUGGCCCAGUAUCGCAGUUUUUCCCCUUUUAUCAUGCACACAACUGACCUCUUCAUGAUGACCGAUCAACAACAGUUUGUUUUAAAGUGGCAUUACCACGAGACCACCCUUAUACAGAACUUGCCAUUUUUACUGGAGAACGAUGUUUUAAGUGAUGUUACUAUUUCGGUGGGAGCGCAACAUGUUAGAGCCCAUAAGAUUAUACUGGCCAUGUGCAGUGUGUAUUUUCUUCAACUUUUUCAGGAGAUGAAAAACACUCAACAUCCAGUUGUAGUGUUGCACAAUGCCAGUAUAGAAGAUGUGAGAGCUAUGCUAGCCUUUAUUUAUAGAGGUCAGUGUGUGGUAUCUAAAGAUCAACUACCUAAUUUGCUGUCUGUGGCCAAAUUGCUAAAAAUUCAAGGACUUUGCGACAUGAAAGUUCCUGAAAAAUCUAUCCAAGCAGAAAGCAUUCCACUCCCUAAACAGGAUGUAUCUGAUGAAAGAGAAAGAGAAUUUGAAAACUUUUCAGAGGCCCAUACAGAGCCUGAAAAUUCUUCUUAUAAGCCAAGUUGUAUAAAUAUACGGAGGCACAGUGGUGGGGGUGGAUAUAGUACAGCUAUAAAUUUGUCUAUAGACAGCAAGAGGUUGAGAUUCUCUUCGUCUCCCACUUGGGGAAAAGCGUCACGAGCUCCCUCGGAGAAUACAAGCCCCUGUUCGACUGAGGACACGAUUCCACCAUUUCCUACUGCAACAAUAACGAAACCGAAUAUAAAACAAUCGACAAGUCCAAAAGAAUCAUCAGAAACCUGCAAAUGCUUUCUAUGUGGAAAGUAUUUGAGUAACCAGUAUAAUUUGCGGGUACACAUGGAGACGCAUGAAGAGGCGUAUCACGCUUGUCACGCAUGUCCUCACGUGUCUCGAAGUCGAGACGCCUUAAGAAAGCACGUGUCGUAUAGACACCCCGAACAGUACGUCGCGAGAAAACGAAAAAAGACUGAAUGUUCUUAAGUUUAUUUUUAUUGAAAUUGGGAUAAAAAAUUUAAUCAGUCUGGAUAAUUUUUUUUUUAGAUCAAUUUACAUUAUAUUCUAUGGUGCGAUUUUGGGCUAGAGUAGUAAUGAGCCCUGCACCUAUAAUAAUUGAGUUAAAAUUAGAAAAAGACAUAUGUACUACUUAUGUGAUCAAUAUUAUUGAUUCAUUAUGAAAUUUGUUAUUAAAAUAGUAUUUGUUUUUAA